AGUUGAACAAACAAGGGGUGAGCAGCGGCUCGCGGCCGAGGAAGUGAAACUCGUGCUCGUCGACACGAGAGAUUACGAGCGGUCCGUGCAAGCUGUUCGUAGUUAGUUUAAGUUCAAGUUAAUUGAUUAGGUAUAGCCCUGUGAGCCAUUCGGCUCUUGAAUCGGUCACAGCGCACGUGGCAGACGCGUUCGCGAUAGGACCGCUUCAAGCGCGCCGUCGAUAUUUUGUGGUCCCAUCCAUCCAUCAUCAUCGCCGUCGUUUCUUCACGCCACCGCUUUCCAGAGGGUGCAAUCCGCCAUCUGCUUCUGGGGCAAAGUUGCCGGCAACCAGGAAACAAGAAUCCAGCCAAUUGGCUACAUUGCUCGCAAUGAGGAAGCUUUUGGAGGUAAGUACAAGCUGGAUGUGCGUCCGUGUAUUCAUUUAUUUGACACGAGGAACAGAACAAUGUAAGCCCAGACCCCCGGCUGUUUCACAGAAGCCAGGAACAUUCCAAUCGAUUUUCGUUAAACCAACUCAAAGACAGCGCCAGGUUGUCGCUGCUGUGUGUGUACGUACUGCAUGUUGAACUUCUUUCGCGCCGUACGUAAGUCAACGGCGCUCGUUGGAGGCACAUGCGGAGUCUCGUUUGUCGAGAGGGUCCUGGCGUCAACGACGUUACAAUCGUCACCACGGCUUGUCCCGGGAGCUAUCGGCCUGCCCCUAGCCCCACAGAGAUCGCUGAUGCUGUUGUUCUUCUUGGUUCUUUCGGUAAAGUCGUCACGUAGAAGGGAAGUAAUAAAAGAAUAAAAAUUAAAACAUAAUGAGGACGGCUGCUUGCGUUGUGGCCGAAACGUCGUGAUAAUUAUUUUAUUAUGUUUAAUUUGUAUUAUUUUAUUACUUCCCUUCUACGUGACUUUACCGAAAGAACCAAGAAGAUGAAUCCCUGCAGUCACGAAAGCUUUAAAUCGAAAGCUGCUGUUGUUGUUUUGGUGGCAUAGAAAUAUUGUCGCCAAACCAAGGCUAGCCCGAAGCUUCUUCACCAUAUCCAUCUAGCUCCCGAGUGCGAGCCAUGGCACUGGAUCAUGUCCACAAGCAACCAGACGGCCAGCCACUAGUGCAAUGGCGGGAGAAGCGCUGCUGCUCGACCUUCCCGGCCUGGGCCCGGCGUUCCAAGGUGACCCGGCCUCCUUCCUCCCGGCGGCCUCGCGUCUCUCCUCCGGCCGCGGCCGCCCCUCGCUCCUUCUCGUGCUCUGCUCUCCCAGCGACGACGACGCCGCCGUCACGGCCGCCUUCAAGGACCCGGCCUCAGCCGAGACCCCGGGCUUCGCGCCGCCGUGCCACGUCCUGCGCGACGACAGCGUCGCCCGCCUCUUCUACCGCGCCAAGGUACGCGUGGACGAGCUGGCGCUCGCCAGGGUGACCGUGCGCACGGGCGGGCACCGCCGCGCGGCGCUGCUGGGCGCCUACGCGGCCGAGAUGUUCACGCCCGUGUACCACGUCGAGGUGGACGCCACGGGGUCCGGCGUGCCGAGCGAGCCGAGCCCCGCCGAGUUGGCGGCCGUGCGCGCCGACGUCGAGGCCUGCUUCAGAGGCCUGCCUUCUAUUACGGGACCGGUGCGCGUUCUGCGUUCGCCACUCAUCCCAGGAGAGCGCUUCCUGCACGGGUUCAGCACGCGCCAGGGCGGCGUGUCUCACCUGCCCGGGAUGAGCUCUCUGAACCUGUCGCGCUCCGUGCGACGGCGCGACCCGCCGGGCGCCACCGUCGAGAACAAGCGGCGCCUGGCGCAAGCCGCGGGAUUCGCGCUCGACUCGCUCCGCACUCCCAAGGUGUGCCACAGCACCGCCGUGUGGGUGCUGGGGACCGAGGAGCCGGCGGAGUACGACGGCCUCCUGACGGCGCGGCCCGGCGUCACGCUCGGCGCGCCGGGCGCCGACUGCAUCCCGCUGCUGCUGGCCGACCCCGUCCGCGGGGCGUGCGGCGCCGUGCAUUCGGGCUGGCGCGGCACCGUGGGGGGCAUCGGCGGCGUGGCGGUGCGCGCCAUGGUGGCGGAGCUGGGCUGCUCGGCGCGGGACCUCAGGGUCGUGCUGGGCCCCUCCAUCGGGCCCUGCUGCUUCCAGGUGGGCCCAGAGGUGGCCGCCCAGUUCUCGGCCAUCGACGCGACGUGCCUGCACCACCUGGCGGACGGGACGACGAACGCCGACCUGCGCAAGGCCACCAGGAUUCUGCUGGAGCGCAGCGGCGUGCUGCCGGAGCACAUUGACGAUGGCACAUUGCCCGGCCAUCGUGACGUCAUCGUCACCCUGUGCACCUCGUGCCACCCGGAGCUCUUCUUCUCGUACCGCCGCGACGGCUCCGAGUUCGGCACCAUGCUGGGCUUCAUCGCGCUGCGCGAGUGACGCCUCCUUCCAGACACGUGACCGAUCCCUUCCACCAACUCAUCUCCCCUACCGUGCAUCUACCUACUCACUAUUUAACUAUUUUUUAUUUUGACAGGUAAGGCCCACUGAGCGAUGUAGCACUUUUUUACAAAAGCGACCUGGCCACAAGUGAUAGGGCGACGAAGCGGCUUAUCACGUGGACAUUUAUAGCAGCCUAAUGCUCGCGGUGAUUCUAAACGUGGAGGGAAAAAUCGGACGACCCGGAGAAAAAUACACACUACCACGGGGGGAGAGAGACACGCAAACUCCAAAUAUACAGCAGCAGGCGUCGGGGUCGGGAUCGAACCCACGACCUCCUGCAUACCAGGCGAGGUAGUUAACAUCUCCUAGCCACCGUGAUGGUGAUGACACAGACACGCAAACUCCAAAUAUACAGCAGCAGGCGUCGGGGUCGGGAUCAGAAUCCACGACCUCCUGCAUACCAGUCGAGGUAGUUAACAUCUCCUAGCCACCGUGAUGGUGAUGACACAGACACGCAAACUCCAAAUAUACAGCAGCAGGCGUCGGGGUCGGGAUCGAACCCACGAUCUCCUGCAUACCAGGCGAGGUAGUUAACAUCUCCUAGCCACCGUGAUGGUGAUGACACAGACACGCAAACUCCAAAUAUACAGCAGCAGGCGUCGGGGUUGGGAUCAAACCCACGACCUCCUGCAUACCAGUCGAGGUAGUUAACAUCUCCUAGCCACCGUGAUGGUGAUGACACAGACACGCAAACUCCAAAUAUACAGCAGCAGGCGUCGGGGUCGGGAUUGAACCCACGACCUCCUGCACACCAGGCGAGGUAGUUAACAUCUCGCCACUGUGCCCACGUCGAGUUGAGCGGCGUAGUUCUUGAGCGCGCAGACGGUGGGCCGGUGGGGCCCCGUUGCCGAGGCCUUCAUGAAGAGGGAGGAAAUUUGAAUCAUGAGGGGGAGGUUAGCGGGAGGGGCGCAGUGGCAACGUCGCGGCCUGGUUCUCUGUGUUGACCGAAUCGGCAAUCUGGACGAAGCUUUUGGUGAACGAAAACAAACGCAGGCAAUUGAGUAAAAGAUAAACUGCAGAUGAUACUGAUUAUGGUGAUGGGUAGAUUAGGAACGUUGUUUUUGUACAUUGCCUAUUUAAAAACAAUUGUGCUACGGACAUGGUGUCGUUAGACAUACGAUCCAUGUGAAACUCUGGCAGAGCAGUUUAUAUUUUAGUUUUUUUACGUGGUGGUUUGGCUGCUGCAGCUUCUUACUAUUAAAAUUUCCCUCCCUUUAUCACUGCUAAUCCUACAUAAUACACGAGCAUAAUAUGACUUUGAGACCCCCCCCCCCACCACCUACACAUUCCACAAGUAGUGACUAAUCCCGAUAUCUGCAUUUUCCAUAAAUAUGCUAAAUUCCUAUGUUGAUAUGUAAAUUCCUUUGUCAAGGCGCUCUUCCUCCUCUAACCCAGCUUAAAUAUACGCUGCCAAGCUUGGUGGUGUUCAUUCAGACGCUGUCUUUCCGACAGCCCUGUUCUUCACCUGAGGACGGCUGCUUGCUUUGUGGCCGAAACGUCGUGAGAAUUGUAUUUUAUAAUGUUAGAACUUUUAUUAUUUUAUUAUUUCCCUUCAACGUGACUUUACCGGAAAGAACCAAGAAGAUCUGGCAGAGCAGUCUGUUUUCACCCUGUGUUGGAGAACGGCCCGUGGAACCAGACACCACGGAACUGCUUCUGAGAUUCAUUCACAAGUGAUCUUUGAGCCACACACAAGGAGCGACAGCUUCUGCGUUCCACGUCUACGGCACGUUACAUGGCCUCGGCGUAAACGAACUUGACCCCCCCCCCCUCACCAACUUGUCAUCGCGCCGAUUUUAGGCGUCCGUUCUGCGGACUACUCGCGUUAAAAUAACAACGGAAGGGCCAAAACACACGAAUCUAACGGACACCACUCGCUGCAUUCGUCAAAUAGCGAUGUUAUUGUCUUACAUGAAAAAUACAUUGUCGGAUGUUUCAGGCAAUGGACCGUUUUUGGGACACGGAUCGACUUGCAGUGUGGAGAUUGUGUUUUUUGCGAGCGCCUUUAGAAUGAAAGAUGUAUUCCUCGGUAGAGCGCGAUCUUGUUCAUCUCUUUACCAGCACAAUCGCACUAACGCGAGUUGGAAAAAAAUAAUCACCGCCCGGUUUAGUCAUUCAAGCCACAGGGAUCCGACUAUGUUGUCCAAAUUUGUACGACGAAAUCAGUUUACGAGAUUAGGGAUUGAAUGUGUAACCGGGAUCAGAGUUGGUCAGCCUCCUCUGUUUGACCGGAUUAAAUCGACUCAUUGUAUGUACUGUAUAUAUAUAGAACUUCUUUCGCACCGUACGUAGCCAACCGUGCCAUUCGGAGAUGCGGACACGUAAAAUAAACACCGUCUCCUACCUCGGUUGUGAGAUAUCGAUAUGAUAUGUUGUGAAGAAGUGCCAUUGUCCAAAACGUUGCCGAUUAUAUAUAUUGUUCUCUUUAAGGUCACGCAGUGUUAUUGACAAAUGUGUCGAUGAUUUUGGGGGGGGCGGGGUGGAAGGGGGUUGUAAGAUGCGGUGCAGAUGCAGAAUUUGUUGAGGGGGGGGGCAGCCUUCUUAGGCCUUCUACUCGAGCAAGGCCACGUUAUCAGGGGGGGGGCAUCCCCAUCACGGUGGGACGAUGAUGAGAUGAUGAUCGUACCCGCAGCCAUCCACCACCACCCCCCACUGCGCAUUUCGCAUCCGUUGUGUCUAACGGAGGCGCGGCGAUGUCUAGAAGAUGUUAACUCCCUCGCUUGGUGUACAAGGACGUCGUGGGUUCCAUUCCGACCCUGACGCCUGCACGCCAGAGGUCGCAAACGGGUUUUGAUUCCUUACCCGUACCCGGCCUACCCGAAAUGAGUGACAAACGGUUACUCACCAGUGACUCACGGCCUACCUGUACCCGGCCGCACCAGGGUCGCAAAAGGCUACCCGAUACCCGGCUACCCGUACCGGGUACGGGUAGCCGGGUAUCGGGUAGGGUACGGGUAUCGGGUACCCGGUUGCGACCUCUGCUGCACGCAGUAUUUGGAGUUUGCGUGUUGCUCUCCCCGCAGUCGCGUUGACUUUUCUCCAGGUCCUUCGGGUAUUUUUUUCCCCGCACCACAUUCAGAAACGUAUUUGGUUGCAAGAUUAUGAGUCUCUGUGUGUCUCCAUGGGUUUAACUUAUAUGGUCCAUAGUUUGUGUUGGAUUCCGCAGUCGUGCUAUUGUGGCUUGACUUUAAUGUGUCUCUACGGGUCUCUAUGAGUCUCUGUGUAUCUGUAGUCUUUAUGGGUUUACUCUGUGGUCCAUAGUUUGUGUUGUAUGGCCACAGUUGCCCUCCUCUGGCUUGUCUUCAAUCCAAGUAUAAUUUGAGAGCACUUGUCGGUACCUCACACUCAACACAUUCCUGCGGAGGGAGCUGGUAGGAACGUUGGGUUGCUCCGUCAAUGGCCAGGGUCAACGGCGGCGUGGUGUAUUCCGGGCACAAGCCGGCGUGAGUAGGUGAAACGUUGAGUUUUAUAAGGACACCACGGGGUGACCAGCCCCACCCCUCCCACCCCCCACCUAGCCCCACCCUCCCCACCCAGCCCCUCCCCACCCAGCCCCUCUACACCCCAUCCUCCCCACCCAGCCCCUCCCCACCCUCCCCUCUCCACCCAGCCCCACCCCUCCCAUUUUUGGAUGCACGACGGACGGACGGACACAAUAAUCCCCUGUGGGCUGGUGUAACCAGGAGGUUCCUACCAGUAAUAUUCUAUUUUAUCUGGCAAGGCCCACUGACCUCAGCGGAUAUUUUACAAAAAGGACCACCGCCCAAGACCCAGACUUGUAAUCAUCGAAUUCAGGAUGUUGAAGGCACGGAUAAGGUCUCGGUAGCAGCUGGGAUAGACUGAGUUUUGACAUCAUGCAGCGUUGCACAACAGGAGUAUUGGUUGUGCAGUACAGUACUGUAUUAUGCUCUGCAUCGUUUUAAACAUUUGUAAUUCCUGCACUGCAAAGACUACUUUGAUGAUUAAACAGGAUCUGUGAAAUUGAAAUAA